UUGGCCCAUUUCUCUGAUUGGCUUAUUUUUUCGCGUCAUCGUUUUCGAAGAAAACGUCAUCCUUCCUCAAAAAAACGUCAUCUCGGUCAUUCUUUUUGGUCGUGUUCUCGAGUUUCGGUGAGUUUUUCCAACUUCUAGUCAUCUUUAGCUAUCAAAAAAUAUACAGUUCGCUUCAUUUUUUCAUGCUCUUUCCGAUUUUCGCACUUUCCGCGCGUCUAACUUCUUUCAAAAAGCUGAAAAUCGCGUUUAAAGUCCAUUUUUUGAUGAAAAAUUGUGUUUUUCAGGCGAACUCAUCAAUUCUUAGCCCAUUGCUCAAUUCUUUGGCUCCCACACUUCUACAAUUGCUCAAAAUGUCUCAAAAAUCUGGAAAUUCUGUCAAAACAACAGCAACAAAACCCGGAAAGUCAGCGAAAUCAUCGAAAACCGUUGUUCAAGUUAGUUUAUUUUCUAUUAGAAAAAUUUCGGAAUUUUUCAAAAAAAAAAUCAUGAAAAUGUCUCAAAAUUUAGUUCCGUAGCCUUAAAGGAGGGGUAAACUCAAAAUUUCAGCGUUUUCAGCCUAGGAGAAGCUGAAAAUUGGCUGAAAAUGAGCUGAAAAUCGAAAACUUUGAUGUGGGGCUCAAAUUUUCAGAAAUGCUUGGGGGAGUUGAGAAAAGCAUCUGAAACUCAAAAUUUCAGCAUUUUCAGCCUAGGAGAAGCUGAAAAUUGGCUGAAAAUGAGCUGAAAAUCGAAAAUUUUGAUGUGGGGCUCAAAUUGUCAGAAAUGCUUGGGGGAGUUGAGAAAAGCAUCUGAAACUCAAAAUUUCAGCGUUUUCAGCCUAGGAGAAGCUGAAAAUUGGCUGAAAAUGAGCUGAAAAUCGAAAAUUUUGAUGUGGGGCUCAAAUUGUCAGAAAUGCUUGGGGGAGUUGAGAAAAGCAUCUGAAACUCAAAAUUUCAGCAUUUUCAGCCUAGGAGAAGCUGAAAAUUGGCUGAAAAUGAGCUGAAAAUCGAAAAUUUUGAUGUGGGGCUCAAAUUGUCAGAAAUGCUUGGGGGAGUUGAGAAAAGCAUCUGAAACUCAAAAUUUCAGCGUUUUCAGCCUAGGAGAAGCUGAAAAUUGGCUGAAAAUGAGCUGAAAAUCGAAAACUUUGAUGUGGGGCUCAAAUUUUCAGAAAUGCUUGGGGGAGUUGAGAAAAGCAUCUGAAACUCAAAAUUUCAGCAUUUUCAGCCUAGGAGAAGCUGAAAAUUGGCUGAAAAUGAGCUGAAAAUCGAAAAUUUUGAUGUGGGGCUCAAAUUUUCAGAAAUGCUUGGGGGAGUUGAGAAAAGCAUCUGAAACUCAAAAUUUCAGCAUUUUCAGCCUAGGAGAAGCUGAAAAUUGGCUGAAAAUGAGCUGAAAAUCGAAAACUUUGAUGUGCGGCUCAAAUUUUCAGAAAUGCUUGGGGGAGUUGAGAAAAGCAUCUGAAACUCAAAAUUUCAGCAUUUUCAGCCUAGGAGAAGCUGAAAAUUGGCUGAAAAUGAGCUGAAAAUCGAAAAUUUUGAUGUGGGGCUCAAAUUUUCAGAAAUGCUUGGGGGAGUUGAGAAAAGCAUCUGAAACUCAAAAUUUCAGCAUUUUCAGCCUAGGAGAAGCUGAAAAUUGGCUGAAAAUCAGCUGAAAAUCGAAAAUUUUGAUGUGGGGCUCAAAUUGUCAGAAAUGCUUGGGGGAGUUGAGAAAAGCAUCUGAAACUCAAAAUUUCAGCAAUUUCAUCCUAGGAGAAGCUGAAAAUAGGCUGAAAAUGAGCUGAAAAUCGAAAACUUUGAUGUGGGGCUCAAAUGUUCAGAAAUGCUUGGGGGAGUUGAGAAAAGCAUCUGAAACUCAAAAUUUCAGCAUUUUCAGCCUAGGAGAAGCUGAAAAUUGGCUGAAAAUCAGCUGAAAAUCGAAAAUUUUGAUGUGGGGCUCAAAUUGUCAGAAAUGCUUGGGGGAGUUGAGAAAAGCAUCUGAAACUCAAAAUUUCAGCAUUUUCAGCCUAGGAGAAGCUGAAAAUUGGCUGAAAAUCAGCUGAAAAUCGAAAAUUUUGAUGUGGGGCUCAAAUUGUCAGAAAUGCUUGGGGGAGUUGAGAAAAGCAUCUGAAACUCAAAAUUUCAGCGUUUUCAUCCUAGGAGAAGCUGAAAAUAGGCUGAAAAUGAGCUGAAAAUCGAAAACUUUGAUGUGGGGCUCAAAUGUUCAGAAAUGCUUGGGGGAGUUGAGAAAAGCAUCUGAAACUCAAAAUUUCAGCAUUUUCAGCCUAGGAGAAGCUGAAAAUUGGCUGAAAAUCAGCUGAAAAUCGAAAAUUUUGAUGUGGGGCUCAAAUUGUCAGAAAUGCUUGGGGGAGUUGAGAAAAGCAUCUGAAACUCAAAAUUUCAGCAAUUUCAUCCUAGGAGAAGCUGAAAAUAGGCUGAAAAUCGAAAAUUUUGAUGUGGGGCUCAAAUUUUCAGAAAUGCUUGGGGGAUUUGAGAAAAGCAUCUGAAACUCAAAAUUUUCGAUUUUCAGCCUAUUUUCAGCUUCUUCUAGGCUGAAAAUGCUCAUGAAAAUGUCUCAAAAUCUAGUUCCCUAGCCCUAAUAAUUGUGUUUUUCAGACCGAUCCGGCUCUCACACGAUCUGCGUUGGACGCGCGCCGCGCGAAACAUGGUGUGGCAAAGGAAAAGGAUAAUGGACCGGGUCGUUGGAUGUAUCCAGGCAUGGUGGCGGACUGGGUCCCAACUACUGUCAAAAAACUCAAUCGAUUGAGUUUGGAAGAGCAAGCAGCGAAAAAGAAAGCGGCAAAAGAAGAAAAGGCGGAGAGAAAAAAGGCGAAAAAGGAGCGUCGACAAUUGGUGGUGGAAAUGAAAUCGGCGAAAGCCGAUAAUGUUCAUGAUGAUAGUCCGAAAAUUGAUGAAUCGUGCAAGUCGAAAGAAUCUGGAAAUGAUAAGGACGAAACCAAGAAUGAUAUGAAAGAUCAACCACAGGACUCGAUGAAAGCCGCGCGAAAGAAGAAGUUUUUCGUAUUUCCGCCAUCUGACACGGAAAAAUCUUCGUCGGAUCACGAAGAAGUGGAAGAACAUGUUGAACCACGCUCAAAACAUCGCCAGGAGUUCAAUCAUAUCGACGAUUUGUCUCCGGUUGCUUCUGACGAAGAGGUAAAUUGUGAGGUCCCGGAGAACACGGUUCAAGUGAAAAAAUCGGUGAGUUUUAAAUAAUAUUUAGUUUAUCAGAAUGAAAUGCAUUUUUCCAGGGUUCGGACAAGUCGCAAAUGGUUGCCAAAUCUUCAUCGUCAACUCCUCGCCAUUGA